AUGGGGAAAACCCAUUUUUAUAAAUUGGUUAACACCAAUUUUCCAACAGACUUCAACUCCGGCGACGACUUCAACUCCGGCGACGACUUAAACGACUUGAACUCCGGCGAUGAAUUCAACUUCGCAUCGGGUCGCACAGCUCUCUCCGUCACUGAUGGACCCCCGAAUUCCCCGAUGUUAUGGCCGAUAGAUACGGUUCCCGGAUUUAGGAUUUUUAGGUUUAGAAAUCACAGGUACGUUAUUUGGGAUGAUCCAUUCCGCGGAGGGGGAUGUCAGUCCGCAGAGGGUGCUCUGCGGAGUGAUGUGUUACCUCCACGGAAUGUUAUAAUCGAAGCAAUGCAGUCCUCCGCAGAGGCUAGAGGUCAAUCCGCAGAGAGGCCUCCGCGAAAUGACCUCUACCCUCCGCGGAAUGACCUUAAAAAUAGCACGAAGAUAUCUAUCAAAAAGCGGAUUUAA